AUGGAGAGUGACGCGGCUGUGGCAAAACACAAAAUAUUCGCUCAUCCUUCCCCCAAACUCAUCCAUUUCCUCCCCUCCACUUUUUUAGAUGGUACUUUCCCCGUGAGACAGGGUAAUAUUAAUAACGAUAUCAUCGCCUACAAAAACACCGACAACACGUUACAACAAAUGUCCAAGCAAGAAAAAUUGUGGUGA